AGAUUUUGAAUGAAUAUCGUCCACCUUAAACUGCUUUUACUCUGCAAUGUUCUUGCAACUUGUUUUGGGCGGUUACCUUUGGAGGAUAUAUCCAAAGAAUCGGUCUCUCCAUGUGACAAUUACUACCAAUAUGCAUGCUCACAAGGACAAUACACCAUGCUUCGCGAAACUCUUAUAGACGAUCUCAACAGAAAACUGGAUGAAGAAAUAAGCUUACUUCCUGACUGUGGCGCUGCAUUUGAAAACGUAGUCCUGAAGAACGAAAAAUUGGAAAGAGAGGACUUUUAUAAGGAACUUUUAAAAAGAUGCAACGAGACCAACUUUCUCCAAACUUUUCGCCUUAUGGCCUAUGAAGAAAUUGACGAGAUACCCCCGGAAGGUUACUUUACCUGCGAAGAGACUGCGAGUCUUAUAGUCGAUAUAGUAAUGCGCGAUGACAGAGAGAGCACUGGUGAUUUGGUGGAGGUAGUCAGAAAAGUUCGAGAUUUUGUCGCCUUGGACAACCUGAGAGAAAAAGACGCUCUCAUGUCAGAGGCCUUUCGAAAGUCGCGUAAACUAUUCGAAGCCAUCAGAGGAAGAUAUCUGAAUUUUAUCAAUAGCACCACUAACCUGCAUCCUAACGCUUGGUAUGAGAAAGCCGAAAGCUUGACAGUGGAAUUCCCAAUGAGAAUCAAGAAGUUUUUCACGACUGAUACCUUAGAGCUUUUCAACAAUGAGUACAACUAUUGCUUAGAAAGAAUCCUCGAUGUGGACAGCCGGGAAAGAACAUUUUGCUUCUCUCGCGCUUGGCGUAUAGCUAGAGGGUGGACUCCGCUAUCAAGAAAUAUGGAAGAGUUUGUUCAUAAUUUGAGGGGUCUUGAUGUAAACGAACACGAUGGACAUGUUUACGUAAGGCCUGCGUACGUCAUGCUACUCAGUAAUGCCUUUAUGAGCCGCGAUUAUGCAGAAGAACCAGUUAUCAUGGGAAGCCUUGGAUUUGAGAUCAUCAGGGAGGUGACUCGUGCAAGUUACAACAUUCCAGUGGUAACACGCAGAUGCUUUCAAAAGCUGAGAAACUUCGGCGAGUUCACGGCUGAUCCUAUGGAUGAACAGGGAGAAAGCAACUACAUCUAUAACAUUAUAGCUUUGCGAGCAAUACAAACGGCUCUACCAGAUAGCACUGAUGAGAAAGACUUGAAACUACUGCUUUCUGUCAGCCCGCUGAUCAACUGUGCCGACGAGCACAGAAGCUUGAUGGUAAACCACAUAUUUGCUCGAAAUAUGGACUUUCAAAAAAUAUUUGAUUGUGAUGAAACUGCUGCAAUGGUGAUGUCGCAGGAGAAAUGCGAUUUGCUUUGACUUGAACG